AUGGAGAAGCCAUCCCUUUCCCUUUUGCUACAAGUAGUACUGCUACUUUUCAUUUUGUAUCGGAUCUUCGGCCGCUAUUGCGGCCACAAGUCCAGUAAACUUCCACCAGGGCCAUACCAAUAUCCCAUAGUUGGAAACAUGUUCCAGCUCAGUGGAAUCAUGCAUUCAACACUAGCAAAACUCUCCAAAACAUACGGACCUUUGAUGUCAAUUAAGGUACUGAACAGAACAAUGAUUAUUGUAUCCUCCCCAAAAGUAGCCAAAGAAUUACUUCAAAAAUAUGAUCAUCUCUACACCUCAAGACUAGUCCUUGAUUCAGCCCGAGCAUUCGAUCAUCACAAGUUCUCUGUUGUCUGGCUACCAAUAAAUAGCAAAUGGCGCAAUCAUCGCAAACUGUGCAAAGAACAACUUUUCUCCUCAGAACGACUCAAUGCUAGUCAAGGGCUCCGUCAAGAAAAGGUGCAACAACUUUGUAAUUAUGUCCAUGGCUGUUGCAUUAACGGGGAAGCUGUUGAUAUAGGUGAAGCUACCUUCACAACAAUGGUUAAUAUUGUAUCCAGCACUUUCUUCUCUGUUGAUUUUGGUUGUUACGAGUCAAAUUCGUCUCAAGAACUGAAAGAAAAUAUAUUGGGUGUGUUGGACACCCUAGCCAAACUUAAUCUCUCAGACUUCUUUCCCGUGCUCCGAGCGAUUGAUCCACAGGGUAUUAGGCGCCAGACCAAGUUUUACUUUGGAAAAUUGCUUCAAAUGUUUGAUGAAAUUAUUAGGCAACGGUUACAAGAAAGGGAGAAAUCCCUUGCUUAUUGUCGGAGGAACGACUUGUUAGAGGUCCUCCUUGACCUGAUUCAGCAGCACAAAACUGAAUGGAGCAUUAAGGACGCAAAACAUUUGUUUCUCGAUUUAUUUCAAGCAGCAUUUGAUACAAUAUCUUCUACGAUGGAAUGGGCAAUGGCUGAGUUAUUGAGGAACCCAGACAAAAUGGAAAAGGCUAAAACUGAGAUAAGAGAAAUCAUUGGACAUCGUAAACUGAUUCAAGAUUCAGACAUUUCUGCACUCCCUUACUUGCGGGCAAUUGUUAAAGAGGCCCUUCGCCUUUACCCUCCUGCCAGCACAAUGAGUCGCUACUAUGAAGCCGAUAUAGAAAUUGACCAGUAUAUUGUACCCAAAAAUACUCUAGUACUUGUUAAUCUUUGGGCUAUUGGUAGAGAUUCGAGUGUGUGGUCGAAUCCUGAUUCAUUUGUGCCUGAAAGAUUCCUAGACAGUGAAAUCGAUGUCAAAGGCCAUCAUUUUGAGCUCCUUCCAUUCAGUACAGGCAGGAGAAUAUGUGUUGGGAUGCCACUGGCUGAACGCAUGAUUCAUCUGAUAUUGGCUUCGCUCAUUCAUAACUUUGAUUGGAAGCUUGAAGAAGGGAUGAAACCAGAAGAUAUUGACAUGCGUGAAAAGCUUGGAAUCACAAUGCAGAAGGCAGCACCCCUUAAAGCCAUUCCAAUUAGAGCCACAAUGUGA